UAUCAUUCCUAAUUGAGUACACCCCUAUAUUUAGAUCCAUUUCUGUUUUAACAUCUCCAUGCUUCGUUCUUUAACUUGUUCUCUGAUCAAUGCAAAAUUGAUCAAACCAAAGCAAUUUUCUUCAAUUCUAAAGCGCAUCCAUUUCAGUUCCCUCGAUAUUCGAUCCAUUUCCUUGCCUUUUCAAAUUACUGAAACAAGAUAUUUAAAUUAUUCGGCUUUUGUGGGUAUUAAUUCAAGCAGGUCUGGGUUUUCGAGUCUGAGGUUGGUUCGCAAAAUGGCCAGCCAAUCUGCCAAGCCACAAUCGGUUCAUGAAUUCACCGUCAAGGAUGCUAAGGGAAAUGAUGUUAACUUGGGCAUGUACAAGGGAAAGGUCUUGCUGAUAGUGAAUGUUGCAUCACAGUGGUAUUCACUGGCUUCUCUGAAUACUCACGUUUUGCUUCGUAGAAUUUUUUACAUGAAAGUCAUAUUAAUUCUAAUUUUUUGGUGUGAGGUUGGUAUUCUGGGUAACGUAGAUUUUGAAGUACUUAAACACCUAUGUUGUUUACCAUUGGACAUGAUUACAUUUCUUGCUUGAUAAAAAAGAACGUGA